GGUACGAGUUGAUAAGAGAAUAACAGUAGCUCAAUUAAAGGACGAGCUUGUUCCACUGAUUGGUGUACCAUCUACUGGUUUUAUAGUAUAUAGAAUCAGAUAUGGUAAAGAAUAUGAAAUAGAGAGCCUAGAUGACACAUUCAUUUUCACUAUGAAUAUGAAAUCCGGAUCAGAGUUGAUAGCAAAACUGGGUAGAGAAUUAGGAAGAGGAGAGAAAAGAAUUAAAUUAUACUUAUUACAAGUUAACAAUACAGAGUUUUGUAAUUAUAUGAUGGAGUAUAUUGUUGCUAUGGAUACACCAGUGAGAGAAUUUAAGAGACAAAUUAUCAAAGAAACAAAAGUACAAAGAAUUAACUGUAUUCUUGAAUUAGACAAAAUGAGAUUACGUAUCAUGAAGGGAGUGUCUCCUGGUACAGUAUAUCUUGAUCCUCAGUUGAUUGGUGCUAAUAAGGAAAUAUAUGUAGAACCACUGAAAGGACCAGAGAUGAAGAAGCAUGAAGCACAGGUACAGAUGUAUGUUAUAAGAUGGCGUCCAUCACAAUGUUCAGUUGAUCCAAUAGAAGAAAUUAUACUGGAUAAGGACAAAGAUCCUAAGCAUGUUAUUGAAAAGCUGUCAGAGUUAAGUAGAGUUCCUGUUGAGUAUAUCUAUUGUACAAAGGAAAGAUUAUUUCCAGUUGAGAUAUCAUGUCUUGAUAUUGAGAAUAAGUUGAACUGGUAUUCCAUCAGUUCAGACAGAUACCCAUUAGCACUAUAUUAUGUUGAUGAUGGAUGUGUCCUAUAUUACAAAGAUAAUAGAGAAAAAAUGAAAAAGUUAACAGAUAAAAAGAGAUCAAAAAUAGAAGAGGCAGAGCAAGCAAGGUCAGUAAACCUCAUGUAUCAUCUUAUAAGUUGGAGAGGAUUAUAG